AUGCAGAAGUAUACACCCGAUUCUCGUCUUGACAAUAUUUCGCCGAUUCCGACGAAAUUCGAUCCUCGGAAGAUGUUGCCUGAUACAGGAACUGCCACAGAAUUCGCGUGGGAACGGAUCCCAACUUUCCCUUUGUACAAGAAACCUAUGGGAAAGCGAAUCCUCGCAAUCUACGCUGUAAGCACAACACUCGGAUUCGCUGGCGCCUGGUUCGGAGCUGCCAUUUUCGAUCACAUCAAUCUCAAAAUUGAUAGCAUCAGAGAUAGAUUAGAUAUUGUACCAUACAAAUGA